AUGACAGUCACUUUCCAUUUCUCAUGUCAUCUUCUCUCUCCCCUCUCUCUGUUAUCUUUCUUCUCUAAUGGAGCUCUAAUUGCCCUUCUCUCUCUCUCUCUCUCUCUCUCUCUCUCAUCGAUGGAGGAGAGAUUGGUGGAAGUGUCCGACCAAGAGGUUCGAAUAGACUUCGUUUUAGGCUGCAAAUGCCGAGCCAAUGUUCGCCUCAGGUCACUCAGUCCUACAACCCCCAUAGCCUUCAAGGUCCAAACAUCUUCCCCACACAAAUUCCUGGUUAACCCACCGAGUGGACUCAUCCCACCCUUAUCCUACUCCACCUUCCAAAUCGUCCUCAAACCCCAAUCCCAACUCCCCCCAACCUUCCCUCGCUCUCCCUCCGAUCGCUUCCUCGUCAAGACCGCACUCGCCCCUGAACUCUCCGAGUCAACUCACCCCGACUUCAUCAACUCCUGGUUCAACUCAAUGACUCGCGACUCCACUAUUCAAGACCUCAAGCUUAAAGUUGCCUUCGUUGGACCCUUCCUCCUCCGCCACGCUGUCACCAGCGGAGACUUUGACUCCGUUAGGAACAUAAUCAAGCGGCAGAGAAACCUCGUCCCCGAGUUGCCGAUUCGGGACGCCGAGUCGCUCCUCCGAGUCGCGACCGUGUUGGACUGCUCAGAGGAGAUGGUGAACUUGUUAGUUGAAGCCGGGUUGAAGGCGAGAGAGAGGUUUGAUGACGUCGGCGAGUCGAGGUGGGUAUCGAAGGGUUGGGCGGAGUUACACGUGGCGGCGGCGAUGAAUCGGACGGAGGAGAUUUCGGGGUUGGUGAGGAGAGUGAGGGAAGAUGGGGGACCAUUGGAUUGUAGGGAUAAGGAGGGUCGGACGCCGUUGAUAUUGGCGGCUAGUAAGGGGAACGAGAGGUGUGGUAGGGUGUUGGUGGGUGCAGGGGCGGAGGUGAACGCGAGGAGUAAGGACGGUCGGACAGCGUUGUAUAGAGCGGCGGCGAAUGGGGACCGUAGGAUGGUGGAGAUGUUGAUUGAGUUUGGUGCGGACCCCACCAUUAGCUCAUUGGAUCAUGGCCGUUCAGCUCUUGAUGUUGCAAGAGAAAAGGGUCAUAAGGAAGUGGUUGAGAUACUAGAACAGGGCGAAGCAGUGCUAAACGCGGCUAGGCGUGGCGACCUAAAGCACCUCGAGUCACUACUAGAUAGAGAUGCGAGUGUCAACUUCUGCGACCAAUACGGUUUGACAGCUCUACAUGUCGCAGCAAUCAAAGGACACAAGGAUGCGGUGAUGAUGCUCGUUGAGUUUGGGUCGGAUUUGGAACAAGAAGACAACGAAGGACACACACCGCUUCAUUUAGCAGUGGAAGGUGGCCACGUGGAGACAGUUGAAGUGUUGAUCAACCGGGGUGCGAAUGUCAAUGCCAAGAGCAAGAACGGCGCAACCCCUCUUUACAUGGCUCGAGCACUGGAGUAUGAUCAUGUGUUGCAGCUGCUUCGUGAGAGAGGAGCCUCUUCUUCUCAUCCUUCUACAUCAUCUUCAUCUUUGUCAUCAAUCCUAUAGGCAUAUAAAUUAUAAUCCAUUUACUAUAGGAUGUUAUUGACCGUGAUUUCAUCGCCUGAUUUAGUAUGUACAUUCGUAAUGAACAGAUGAAUAUAGAUGUUGGGGGGAUUAUAACGCUCUA